GGGCGGCGGCGGCUGGCCGGUCUGCGGCGCGGGCCUGGCGGCGGGGAAGAUGCUGCAGUCCCUGGCCGGCAGCUCGUGCGUGCGCCUGGUGGAGCGGCACCGCUCGGCCUGGUGCUUCGGCUUCCUGGUGCUCGGCUACGUGCUCUACCUGGUCUUCGGCGCCGUGGUCUUCUCGUCGGUGGAGCUGCCCUACGAGGACCUGCUGCGCCAGGAGCUGCGCAAGCUGAAGCGGCGGUUCCUGGAGGAGCACGAGUGCCUGUCGGAGCCGCAGCUCGAGCAGUUCCUGGGCCGGGUGCUGGAGGCCAGCAACUACGGCGUGUCAGUGCUCAGCAACGCCUCGGGCAACUGGAACUGGGACUUCACCUCCGCGCUCUUCUUCGCCAGCACCGUGCUCUCCACCACAGGUUACGGCCACACCGUGCCCUUGUCCGACGGGGGCAAGGCUUUCUGCAUCGUCUACUCCGUCAUCGGCAUCCCGUUCACCCUCCUGUUCCUGACGGCGGUGGUCCAGCGCGUCACCAUCCAUGUCACCCGCAGGCCGGUCCUCUACGUCCACGUCCGCUGGGGCUUCUCCAAGCAGGUGGUGGCCAUCGUCCAUGCCGUCCUCCUCGGCUUCCUCACCAUGUCCUGUUUCUUCUUCAUCCCAGCUGCCGUGUUCUCCGUCCUGGAGGAUGACUGGAACUUCCUCGAGUCCUUCUAUUUUUGUUUCAUUUCCCUGAGCACCAUUGGGCUGGGGGACUACGUUCCCGGAGAGGGCUACAAUCAGAAGUUCAGAGAGCUCUACAAGAUCGGGAUCACGUGCUACCUGCUGCUCGGCCUCAUCGCCAUGCUGGUCGUGCUGGAGACCUUCUGCGAGCUGCACGAGCUGAAGAAGUUCAGGAAAAUGUUCUACGUGAAAAAGGACAAGGAUGAGGACCAGGUGCACAUCAUCGAGCACGACCAGCUGUCCUUCUCCUCCAUCACGGACCAGGCGGCCAGCGCCAAGGAGGACCAGAAGCAGAACGAGCCUUUUGUGGCCCCUCCAUCACCAGCCUUGGCUGAUGGGUCCGCAAACCAGUAAGCCCCGGGCAGGGCCGCGGAAGAGGCUGUAGUUUGUGCGUUUUUAUGAGAAUGUAAAAUCCAAGGUGAUAUUUUAACAGAUAUCUCCUGUUUGUGAUUUUUUUUUUUUUUU